AUGAAGGUCUUCGCGUUAGGACUCGACGAGAAUCAGAAAGCCGAAAAGGCUUUAGCCGAUGAGAAGAAGGAAUCGGUGAUUCCGAUCGAGACAGUCGCAUCGAAUGUGCAACCACAGCAGCCGCAGGUUGUAUUGGCGAAAUCGCCGAAGCGCAGAAUCGGAUUCACAUGUGGACUCCUCUCAUGGUUCAUCGGCGCCAUGUGCCUUGUGCUGUUGUGUCUCGCCAUCUCCGAAGUCGCCUAUCAUCGCCAACGAGAUCAAGCAUUCCUCCGAUUGAAAUGGGCCGAAUUGAGACAAAGAAUGCUCGGCUAUGAGCUAUUGUCGCAACAGCAGGAACUUGAUCGAAUGGCUCUUGAGAAACAAUCGCAAAUCGAAGCACUCCCACUUCGAAGAAGCAAUGAUCCAGUGAAGCCGCAAAUCGUUGACGUCAUCAAACCUGAAGAAUCGAAAUCAUCGGAAGUUGUCGAUUCUACUAACCAAGAUGAGCAAAACUCGAUAUUCGGAUUCCUUCAAGCGCUGAUGGACAAAAUUCGAAAGCAUGCUGAAAGCAUGGGACUCACCGGUGACAUGCAAGUGCACGUCGUCGAAGUCAAACCAAUCGAUUUCAAAUCGGAGCCAAAAGAUGAUGAUGAGACUCAAUCGAUGGAGAGAUCAUUCGCUGAUGGAUUCGGAGAAGUUGCGAUGCCACAUCAAGUGUUCGGACAACAAAACAAUGAGGAUUACUUUGACAAUGGACGUCGAACGUUCGAUCGUCACAGCAUGAAAAAACCAUUCUUCGGGCCUUUCAACAGAUGGGAAAACAAUAUGUACAACGACUAUGACGAGCAGAUAAACAUGCCAAAUCAAUUCGAAUCGAUUGACCCAUUUAACACUGAUGGAAUUCCCCAGAAUCUCGUGUUCGCUCCUCCACCACCACCACCACAGUUUCGUCCCAACUUCUUCUGGCAACAACCAGCUCAAUUUGACAAUUUCCCACAACAACAACCACAAAAUUGGUGGCAACCACCACCACAGGAAGUAAUGACUAAUCAGUGGAAUCAGCCAAUGGAGCAGAGGCAACACUUCUUCUGGCCACAACAGCAACAGCAACAACAGUUCCAACAACCCCAACCACAGCAAUUCCAACAAAACUCGAAUUUUGGACAGAACACUGCUCGCCCAUGGUACAUGCCGUAUGAGGACAACUCAGCAAAAGCUCAGGCGGCUCCAUUAUGGCAGAAUGAUGACUGGAUGAAGCAGCAAGACGUCUUCCCAUUCCAGCCGAAUCCAGCCGCUUCCGAACACAACGGACAACAAUGGGUUGAUGAGACAGCCGUUCAGAAUUCCGAGACAUUCAACAAUCCAGCGAUUGCUGCCAACAACGACGAUUCGGCGCCACCGUCGACAGCCAUCUCGAUGGACAACUCGCCAGUUGAUCCAGUUGAGAAAUUCAAUGUCAAGGCGUGGUUUCAGCCACAGGAAGAGAAGCCUGCCGAGCCAGUGAUUCAACCGGAUGAGGAUCUCGAAGAAAUCGAUGAGAGCAAGUUCCUUCCAAUCCGAUCCGACGAUAAACCAUCAGAGAUUAGCAAUGACGGCGUCGUCGUUGAUUCACCGUCGCACUUCUUCCAAAUCGAUGAUCCAUCGAGUUUCAAGCAGUAA